AUGCAAUUUGAUUUCCGCGACAGCAAAUUUUCUGAAAUUAUUAACCAUCCAUCUUACAAAAAAUGUGAACUUGGAGAUAUCAUUUCUGAAGCAGCGGAAGGCACAGGAUUGGCUUUUGUUGUGUUUACCGAAGCAAUUAGUCAAUUUCCGUUUCCACCUUUUUGGGCUAUUUUGUUCUUUUUGAUGCUUAUGAUGCUUGGUCUAGGCUCUAUGUUCGGCACAUUAGAAGGAGUGAUUACCUCACUUAAUGAUGCUAAGAUGAUUAAACUUAGCCAACCUAUGCUUUCCUUAUUAAUUUGUGCAUCUUCCUGUCUUAUUGGACUUGUGUUUACUACACAAGCUGGACAAUAUUGGGUAUCAAUGUUCGAUCACUUUGCCGGAACUUAUGCAUUAAUGUGUGUUGCCUUUUUUGAAGUAGUUGCUGUAAUUUAUGUUUAUGGAUGUGAUAAUUUUGUAAGAGAUCUUCAAUAUAUGUGUGAUGAACAAAUUGGGAAUUUUUGGGUAUUUGAAGGGGAAUUUAAUUCAAAAAUAAUUAUUUUUUCUUCUAAGAAAAUUACUUGGCGUUUUAUUUCCCCAGUUAUUAUGUUUGUUAUUUUUGUUGCUUCAAUUUUCAAGUCAUUCACUAAAGUGCCUGAAUAUUCUGCUUAUGAUGCCUCUACGACUCAUCAAAAUUUAGAGCCUUAUCCAACCUGGGCUCUUUUUAUUGCUUUUGGCCUUGUUGUAAUUGCAAUGGCCCCUGUACCUUUUAUUUGGUUUGUCAGGAAAUUUAGAAUUUGGAGUGUGGAAGCUGACAUACCUGUGGCCUCAAAAUGUCUUGGAGCAACAGCUUCAACUACUUAUAUGCUUAGAAGCGAAAUGUCGUUUAAUCGAAUUUUAGAAUCUGCCAAUGCAGCUGAGCUUAGAAAUAUUGGGAAGAAUGGGCGUAAUAUGGGAAGGAAUGGUCAUAUUGGUGGCGGUUCAGCCCCUGUUUCAAGCAAACACAAACAUCAAACCCAUGAUUUUGAUUAUCAUCAAUUACCCUAUAAUAACCAACACCAUACAUGGCACAGUGGAAAUGCCCCUCCUAAACAUAAAUAUGCUCAAAGUCAAAUGCAAAAGGCAAAAAAUUUUUAAAUUUUUAUUUAAAAAAUAGGGGAGAAAUGCUUCAAAAUUAAUUUUAACUUUAUUAAUUUUGAACCUAAAAAAAUUUCUUUUUCCACCUAUUUUGUAGCCCUGUUUCUCCUCUAUUUUUUACUUUUUAAAUUAAAUUUUUAUCUUUACUUUAAAAAAAGUUAUAGCGAUUUAACUGACCCCUAUCUCUUUCAGAAAGGCUCAGAUACAGAUUUACCUUCAGCUACAAAAUCUGUUGAUACAACAAAUAAAAAAAGAAAAGGAAAUGGAAAUUCUACAGGAAAUAGUUUAAGUAACAGUAUCAAUAAAGCAAAAAAAGCGUUUUUAGCUGAUGGUUUCGUUCCCCGUUCAAAUACUUUAAGUGCUCAACAUUCUAUGGAUUUGGAAAAACAACAGCAAAGUUGGACGCGUAAUCGACACAAAUCUUUUGA